AUGUCCCGAGGCACGAGGUGGAAGAAGGUUCCCACAGUGGUGCGUCAUCGAGGAACUGAUAACGGGCGGAAUACGUCGACCUGGAAGACUGCUGGAGAAACAAAAGAGUGUCUUCGUAGUGUGGACAAGAAGGAUACCUUCCUUCUGCAUUGCCGAAGGAUCGUCCUGGUCUUCCGACGAAGGGGGAAGAGGAGAUGCCUGAGGAGGCGAAAGACGUGGAACAUUGGCCGAGGAAGAAGAACGGACUCACAUGACCGACACUGA